UGGGAGCUGUAAGAAUGGACGUAAACGCAGAGAGACAGACAGAGGAUCUGAUCUGAGCCCCUGGAGGGUUUCAGCACUCGCUCACUUUGAGCUUUGGAGGAGGACUGGGACUGCGAAGGAAAGCCACACCUGCACAAAGAUGGGACCAAGGACAUAAUGCAGAUUGCAACCAUGUAUAUGGUGUCAUUGCGCUCCAGACAUAUGGACUAUUCCCAAUAUCAUAGCAUACCCUGUGACAGCUGGACAUAACUUGGUGUUCUGGACACUCUCUAUGUAUGUAUGUGGUUUGGAAUCCCAAAAAGAAGACCAUUAAGGCUACCGUGGAGCUCAUGGAACAUCUGCAGUCUUAACAAUAAUCCACUUCUAAAAUUCCACCUUUAAAGAUGUAAAAUUUGAAUAAAUUAACUGAUCUUGAUCUUAUUCGACCAAUAACACUACACCAAACGAGUCGACAUAGAAAUAAGAUUAAUGAGUCUUGACAAUCUGCUGUGAGAGGAACCAUGGUGUCCACAGCUUUCCGUUGGGUGGUGCUAGUAGCCUUCAUCAUGCUGACCAUUGGUGGAAACAUGCUGGUGAUUCUGGCAGUGGGAACUAGUCGACGACUGCGCCGAAUCAGCAAUUGCUUUGUGGUGUCACUGGCCAUAACGGACCUCCUACUGGGCCUACUGGUGCUGCCCCUCAGCGCCACUCUGGAGCUGCGCAGUGGACACUGGACACUAGGGGGCACCUUUUGCAACAUCUAUAUCUCUGUGGAUGUGAUGCUCUGCACUGCCUCCAUUUUCUCCUUACUGGCCAUCAGCAUAGACCGCUACCUGGCUAUCUCAGGACCACUCAGCUACUCCAGAAGAGUGACUCCCCUGAGGGUAGCAGCCGCAAUCAGCGCCAUCUGGGCCUUCUCCAUGACCGUGGCCUUUGCGCCCAUCCACCUGGGCUGGAACACGGUGGAUUUCAGCAUACAGAAUGUAGACUGGGAGAUGGGGGACGAGGGUGAGGAGGGCAGGACCUGCCGCUACGAAUGGAACAACAACUACGUUCUGCUGGACGCCUUUGGAACCUUCUUCCUUCCUCUUCUGGUCAUGUGCGGGAUGUAUCAUCGGAUCUUCCUUGUGGCACGUGCACAGGCACGUUGUAUUCGCGCUGCUACACCCUCCUUCAUCCGCUCUGCCUCCUUGGUGGCCACGGCACGGGAGAACAAAGCAACGGUGACUCUGGCAGCCGUGCUGGGAGCCUUCAUCAUCUGCUGGCUUCCUUACUUCAUCUACUUCAUCUGCAUGGGCCUGAGGCACGAGAUGGACCCACCACGCCUCACACACUCCGUGGUGCUCUGGCUGGGCUACUUCAACUCCGCCCUGAACCCCAUCCUCUACCCGGCCCUCAACAGGGACUUCCGCCAGGCCUACGGUCAGCUGCUCCGGUGCAGGACCGCACAGAAGUGGACCUCUACCCCCAUAAGGGCCUCGCAGCAGGAGAGAAGUGUUUCUAAUGGGCUUCAGAGUGAACAUGACUGGAACAAGCGAUGUGGGGAGACACAUCUCAACCUGAGAGAGGCUAACAAUGAUGCCAGCCUGGAACACAGCAGUUAAUACUUGUGAGUUGUGUAGAACUUUUGUACCUCUCAUUAUAAAGCCUCUCGUAUAGAUUCAAGCCUGUUGCUGACCUCUGAGAUAUGGCUAAAGGGAGCCACCCAGCAACACGUUUGAAUGGGAAGAGGCAAUAUUUCACAGUUACAUCAUAAAUAUUCCAGUGUUUUUCAAUCCAAUCUCUGUCUGUUGCAUCAGUCCAAUAUGGUUGAUUAGCACAGACAGUAAUUUCCCUGCACCUAAAAAGGG